AACCUAACUCUUAAGUAAAGAAAAAAAACACUGGUACGGGGGAAAGGGAAAGGCAAAAAUGGCUUUCAGAGGGAAGGAGAUGAUGAAAAAGCUGUUGAAGAAGGUGGGGGAGAAAAACCUAGCGCAUGGAGUUAAGGAACAGCUUCAAAAAUCCAUUCCAGACAGCAAGGUCGUCAUGAACCGCGCCAAACGCGGCCUUUACGCUGGCCGUCACAUCCAGUUCGGCAACCGUAUAAGCGAAGACGGUGGAAACAAAUCGAGGAGGAGUUGGAAGCCUAAUGUACAAGAGAAGCGUCUAUUUAGUUAUAUCUUAGAUCGCCAUAUUCGAGUCAAAGUAACCACUCAUGCCCUCCGUUGCAUUGACAAGGCAGGCGGGAUUGACGAGUACCUGCUGAAAACUCCCUACCACAAGAUGGAUACAGAAAUGGGUCUGUUCUGGAAAGCUAAAAUCGAGAAAAUGUAUGAAGAGCUUGGGCAAAUGGAGGUAGUCUUCUUUUCGCCGGAGGAUGAAGCAAAGUUUGAGCAAGGAUUCAAAGAACUGAAGCUAGCGGAGAGAGCAGCUCGAAGGGAUGCUAGAAGACAGAUGUAUGGAUGGUCAGGGAAACUGGAAGAAAUUGAGAACAGAAGAAGUCAUGAUGGAACUGGUAAUGCCGGGGAAGAUAGUUCCGAUGGCGAUGUGCUGGUUGCAAAUUCUUGAGUGUAGAACUGGGUGCGUCCACUUUCUUUUUGGCUACUCUAUAAGGGAAUAUUUGUUUUGGAUGAAUAAUUUGGUAGCUAAGCUUUUUAUAUUGUGGUACUUAUGGAAUUAGUGUUAUCAUGUCGUCGACUAAACAGUUGACGUAAAAAGGUGAUAUUACUUUACUAAUGUAUGAUUAAAUUCUUCACUA